CUGAAACACAUCUCUCUCUCUCUCUCUCUCCUCUCUCUCUCUGUAUCUGCACAGCUAGGGUUUCGUUUCCUUUACUCCUAAGCCAGCAGAGCGCGUCGCCGUGAUUUGGAAUCGGUGGGAAAUGAGGGGAAUUGAAGGCUUGGAUGCUUUGGUGUUCAGGUCAGGGAUGAUUAGUCAAAAGUUGACUGAGUCUGAAUGUGGCGGUAUGGUGUUAGCUUUACAAAUGGUCACAAAUGGAGGACUCCACGUCUUUGUUUCUCGUCGAGUGAGUUUGGUGUUUGAGGAAUCUAGCGUAUUUGUUAGCUCAAUCUCGGUGUUGGUUUAAAUUUCGAGCAAAUAAGGAAGCAAUCAUAUCAGUUAUUGAAUCUGUAAAGACUCGAGCAGUUAGAUGAGUUGAUGCUGGUUAGAUUGGGUUAUGUAUCACACCUAUGUUGAAGAUGGUGGAGAUGAUAAUAACUAUGAGCUUGGCUAAAGUUGACCGGAAUUGAUCUGAGUUUAGAAAGAAUAUUCGGAUUGUCAUCUCUGUAAAUGAAUGCGCCUUUAUAUGCAUUUUUUACAGAUGGGAUGAAGGAUUGACUGUUUGGGGUUUUCGACGAUGGCUAUUGCUGGUAUACAAAAUGUUUCUGUGCUUGAGUCUUCUUUCCUUAGAAGCUCUCAGUCUGGUGCAUCCAGAAUGUCGGAAAAUGAAGGGAGGGUCAACUCCCGGGCGUCCUCUCUGCUACAAAUGUGGCGAGAACUUGAGGAUGAGCAUGUGGUGAGUCGUCCCUUUGAGAGAGUUGGUGAAAGGUUGUUCCAACAAAGGAGUGGUGCAGUUGGUGGCGAGAAUACAGGUGACUUGGAUGGUGCAAGUGUGGGUGAGAGUGAGUGCCGGACAUGGUCGCAAGGUCAAAUUGGCUCUUCCCCUGAACAUGACGUGUAUAGCAAUUUUAGCAGUGAGCACUCUUCAGAUUAUGGGGAGGGUGAAAGGGGGAGGGUGAGGCAAAUUUUUCAGGAAUGGAUGAAUUGUGGUGUGAGUGAAUGUGCAUCUAAUGUUUCUCAUAUGAAUAACAGUUCACGGGCAGAGUUACUUGGUGAAACCGAACAGGAAAGAGUGAGAAUUAUAAGGGAGUGGGUACGAACGAACAGCCAGCAAAGAGUUGUUUCUGAUGAAAAUGGAGAACAUCCUGCUGAUUUUGGUAGUCAAAUUGCACGAGUUCGUGAUGGAUUAGUUGCUAACCAAAGUGGAGGCUGGUCUGAGCAUAACCGGAGGGGAAUACGUAAAUUAUGUGGGAGACAAGCUCUACUGGAUAUGUUAAAGAAGGCUGAGAACGAAAGGCAAAGUGAACUUCAACUCUUGUUGGAGCACCAGCCAGUAACACGUUUUGCUCACCGCAACCGCAUUCAGUCAUUGCUUCGAGGUAGGUUUUUACGGAAUGGUAGAGCUCUUGAGAAUGAGAGACCUAUUUCGCUAGCUGAAUCUGAAUUGGGCUUAUUGAGGCAAAGACAUACAGUCUCUGGUCUGAGGGAUGGUUUUGACUCCAGACUGGAUAGUCCUGUUGGCCAACUUAGCAGCUGCCAUUCGGAUUCACCCUCAAGCAAUUCUAAAGGUAACACUCAGGCAAACAGCUUACAUGAAGUCGUAAGUGGUUCAUUACAGCAGUCUGAGGCUAAUGAUGCUACAAGUAAUGACCAAGGAAAUGGUAGUUGUGGGACAUCAACUGCUAGGGAUGAUUUGGGUGGAAACACAAUCCAGAAUUUAGAUCCAUAUCUGUCUAAUGCUCCUGUUGAACAUGGGAAGGAAGAGGUUCCGGGUCAUGUUGUAAGAUGCCGGCAAUGCUCAUCCUCUACGGAUGUUGUUGAAAGUAGCGAAACUGCUUGUCAACACAUGAUUGAGAACUUACCGACAGCCACUAUUCUUCAGCAGUCCCAAGAAAUUUUCCAGAAUGAUGCUAAUAACCACAGUAACAUUCAAGGAGCCAGUGAUUUAUCCAAUGAGCAAUCUGAGCUUUGUGGUGGUGAAACUAUCGUCCAUGAACUUAAUUAUGCAGAUGACGAUAUACUUGGGGAUGCAAAUUUUCAAGAGUCUAAUUCACAGCAAUACCAAGGUCAGGAUCGAGCUUCAGAAGAUGAGGAAAGGGACCAAGUUCAAGCUAUUGACUAUAAUAGUUUGAUUGAAGACGUUGUGGAAAAUACAAGUGAAGAUCAGCAAGACACUUCUGGAUAUGAAUGGUCCCAGGAUUUGGUAGAGAACGAAGAUAGAGGAGACAAUCAACUCCAAGAAGUCUCUGAAGUGUGGCACGAUGAAAGUGGUUUUCAAGAAGCUGUUCAAAGUUGGUUAGAAGAGCCAUCCAGCCAGGAUUCCUAUCCAGUCAGGCGGGCUGAUACUUUUUAUUUUCCGGAUGAUGAUAAUGCUCACAAUACAGAGCUAAGGGAACUUCUAAGCAGGAGAAGGGUCUCUAAUCUUUUGAGCAGUGGUUUCCGUCAGAACCUCGAUCAACUCAUACAGUCAUAUGUGGAAAGGCAAGGUCAUGCUGCUAUUGACUGGGAUGAGGCAUCAGCUUCUCCUGAAUUGACUGAAGAUAUGGAGCAGACAUAUCAGAAUGAAGUUGAAGUGAACGCUGUUGAGAGUCCUCACCUGGCUCUACCACCACAGCCAAUACCUUCCUCUCCCCUCUGGGACGAGGAGUCACAGCCUGAUAAUUGGCUACGACAUGACAUGCAUCAGCGCUUUGGAAUGGACUGGGAGAUGGUGAAUGAUAUGAGGAUUGACAUGGCUAGGCUCCAACAGAGGAUGAACAACUUGCAAAGGAUGUUGGAGGCCUGCAUGGAUAUGCAACUUGAGUUGCAACAAUCAAUAAGACAAGAAGUUUCUGAUGCCCUGAAUCGCUCAGCCGGGUCACAAGGGGUGUGUGAAGAUGGUCUCCUAGAUGAUGGGUCCAAAUGGGAUAAUGUGAGGAAAGGAAUUUGCUGUAUGUGUUGUGUUAGCAGUAUUGACUCUUUACUAUACAGAUGUGGUCACAUGUGCACAUGUACAAAAUGCGCCACCGAAUUGGUCGAAAGUAGAGGAAAAUGUCCGAUGUGUAGAGCACCCGCAGUUGAGGUGAUCCGGGCUUAUUCUGUACUAUAACUGGAAGAUACAAAGUUAAAUUAACAAAGAUCGGCAUCAUAAGGUUUUGCAUCGAGCCUCAUAUUGCUCUUUUUCUCUCUUGAAGCCAUGAUGUCUUAUAUAUUCAGUGUAUGAUUUGACAUUAUGUAAGAAAAUCACUAGUUUCAUUCAUUACUUUUAUCUAAUAAAAUACUGAAUGGAAAUUAAUUCUUUUUAGUUCUGUA